CUGCCGCCCCGAUCCAAUGGCGUUUCAUUCUAGAAUUAAGUGCCGCCGCAGCAGGAGUCGACUACUGCGACAGGCGCUCUCCGUGGAUACACACAGAAUGUGCGUGCAGUGAAAUGGAGUGAAAAAGAUUGACCAGAAAAACAGUUAAAUAGCAAAAACAGAACUAAAACGAAAAGCAAAAGUAAAAGUCAGAAAAAAUCAGCAACAGUCGCUGCCAAAAGCCAACAGAGGUCGCCACCGAUGUGAGCCGUGAGUGUGAAGGAAUUUUACCUGUAACAAAAUAAUACAAAAAAACACCAGGAAAACCCACAGUCAAGCCAAGGAGCGAGUGUGAGAGAGAGAGAAAGAUGGAUAGCUCGCCGGAUCUGUCGCUGAAGCUGCGACGUGGCUCCAGUGAUUCGCGGGACAAUUUCUACAUGGACUUCGCCCAGGGCAUCGAUUCGGACAUCGAGGAGGUGGACAACAAUGCGACCACCACCACGGCAGCCAGCACAAGCACAAGCACGACAACCACGACAGCGGGGGAUGCACCACUGCCACCGCCGCCCCUACCCACAAUCUCACUCAGCGAGGAGGUGCUCAUGCUGGUGGCACCACCGCCACCGCCACUGGGCUCACUGCACGGCCAGCCGCUGCCCACGCUGACGGAGGCGGAGGACAUGCCGCCGACGCCCACACCGCCGCCGAUGAUCGGCCAUCCGGAUCAGCCGGAGCCGCAGCUCAGCCUUGACUUGAGCAUCGAUCUGGAGAUGAGUUUGGAGGCCACCUCACCGCCAGGAUCGCCCAUAAAUUCGGUGCUGGAGCUGGAGCUUAUUCCGCCGCCGCCGCUCUCGCCCCUCUCCCCCCUAGAGGAUGCAGGCCUUCGAACGGACGUGGACGAUGGCGAGGAAACGGACGAUGCAGAAGAAGCGGCAGCGGAGCCACCCCUUUUCAUCCCCCCUCCCCCAUUGACAGAGGAGCCAAGGGAUGGGGCAGAUGGGGCCGAAGCAGACGGGGAGGGUGAAAACGAGGAAGAGGAGGAGGAAGAGGAUGAUAAUGAUGAUGAGGAAAAGUCCACACCGCCGCCACCAUUGCCGCCACUGCCCUCGAAUCUGUCGUAUGUGCAGGGCAAUGUCACCCCGCCCCUGACCAAGUCCCCAUCCACCUCACCCUCGCCGCCAGUGACGCCACCGCCCUGCCCGGAGCUGAAUCUCACGCGAAUGGUGUCGCCGCCGGCGCAGCACAUCAGCCAGAUACCACCACUGACGCCCUCCUCCGAGAGCGACCAGGAAUCGCAGCCGAAUUCCCCCAAUCCACGAUCUCUGCCAGAGCCAGAACCAGAGCAAGAGCCGGAACCGGAACCGCAAGAGGAGCAGGAGCAAGAGCCCAAAGAGGAGCCAGAACCAGAGCCCGUUAGCGGCAGGGACUACAGCCGAUCGCUGGACAACGAGGAUGAGUCGACAACCAUUACCACGCCACCGAGCAAUGGGUACUCGGCCUCCUCGAUCAUUGCCCCGCCGCCGGAGCACUUUGCGGAAUUGGACGAGGACAGCGUGGGUGCCGGAGGUGGACGUGGGGGCUUCAUUCCACCGCCGCCGCUAAGCAUGGACAUGGAGGAGCCAGAGCCGCCCGAGGAGCCCAUCACCCAGGACGACGACGAGGAGCCGCUAUCCGUGGACAGGGAGGAGGAGCGCGCUGACAGCAUCAGCUCACCGCGAGCCGCGAGCAUUGCCAGCGGUGGCAUUAUGUCCACCAGCGGAGCCAUCGCGGCCAUGGCAGCCAAUGCCGCUGCCAACGGCUCUCCCAAGCUCUCGGAGAGUCGCGGUCCCAGCCGCACAGGCAGCCAGCGAUCCGCCACUGCAGCGGGCAUCCUCUCGCCACAGGCGUCCCUCAAGUCGCAGGCCUCCAUCAAGUCGCAGGCAUCCAUCAAGUCGCAGUCGCAGUCGCAGUCCUCCAGCAAGAGUCCUGUGGCAUCCAUCAAGUCCAGCUCGCAGCGUGUCCAGAGCCCGCCUGUGGGCGAGGGGGCACCGGCCAUGCCCUCGCCGCCGCCAAUGCGCAGUCCGCCGCCGGAGCAGGCACGCCAGAUGCACAGUCCGCCAAGGAUCAGCACGCCGCCGAGAGUCUGCAGUCCGCCGCUGGUCAGCAGUCCACCCAAGCUAGCGGAGACGGCAGCAGCCGCCGCCGCAGCCGCUGUCACAAUCACAAUCAAGGAUCAGCCGAUCGUCAGCAGCAGCAGCAGCAGCAGCACAGCCACUGCCAGUGUUACAGCCACAACUGUUGAGCCACCGAUCGCCACGCUGAGCUUCCAGGAUGAGCAGAAGAGUCAGACGCCACAGUCGCAGCCACAGCCGCAGCCGCAGCCAAAGCCAGUGACCACUCAGCCGCGGACGCACUUCACCAGCAGCCACCACCACUACCAUUUGCCGCACCAGUUCCAGCAUCCGCACCACCAGAACCACCACACGCACAGCGUUCGCGUGCCCACGCCCACUGUGCCCAGCAGCUAUGCCCCGCCGCCGCCGCCGCCCACCGACGACGGCUUCCCCGAGUACAGCCGCAAAAGCUACAUCCCGGCCAUGGCCGCUCCUGUCCUCAGCUCAUCGCUGCUGUCGGCAGCCUCCGGCGAGGGGGCCGCAGCCCACGUGACGGCAGCCAUCUCACCUGGCCGCGCAUCGGCCCGCUCCGGCUCCCAGCAUCACGUGACCAUCGACGAGUCCAGUCUGCCGCGCAAGAGCAGCAUCAGCGUGGUGGAGACCACGGCUGGACCCAGUGGCAUCAUAGUUGGUGGCGGCGACGGUGACGGCGAUCGUGACAUCGGAGGAGGUGGCGGCGGGGGCGACAGCUCUGAUCCGCCAUCCUCCCCAGGCAGCAGCUCGCAGCCGCAGCUGAGCGGUAGCCAGGCGGACGGGCAGCUGGCCUUGAUGUAUCACUCCCAUCAGCUGACCAACUAUCCGGCCAUCCUGCCGGCCAUCAAGCGCACCCAUCGGCCAUCGUUUGUCUACCCGCCGAUGCCCAGGGUCAAGGCGGGCGAUGCUCUGGCUACACUUUUCUCAGCACUCUAUGGAAAACUGCUGGUGGUCAUGGGCGUGGCAUUUCCCAUGGCCGAGGUCAUAUCCACCUACAUACCGCCGUCGUUCUAUGAGGUGUACUAUUUGUAUUUGUAUAUUGGCAGCAUGAUCUUUCUGCUGUUCAUGUACGCCACGCUGCUGUGGGGUCGCCCCAAGCUGCCGCCACCCAUGGCCACAUCGCCGAACAAAACCGCAAAGGGCAGCACCUCGGACAGCAUGGACGAGUCGGACACGGAUAGCACGUCGACCCAUCGGCGCCUGCCGCCGCCCAUGCCAGUGCGGCGUCCAUCGCUGCUGUCGCCCCUAGGCAGGCAGCAUCACUACGGCAGCUUCUAUCUGCGCAUGGGCGCUGUGGCUUUUGGGAUUGGCAGCAUGAUCUACUCGGGUCUGGAGUUUGGGCAAUACUUUGAACUGAAUCCGGACACCAAGUGCCACAACGUGCUGCUGGCAUUGACGCCGGCCACCCGGAUGGCCUUCAUCUUCAUCCAGAUGUACUUCAUCUUCCUGAACAACGAGCAGAUCAAGGUGUACCGCUACAAGAUCAUCGCCCGCUUUGGCCUGAUGCACAUGAUCGGCACCAAUCUGGCCGUCUGGCUGAACGUGCUCAUCCAGGAGACGAAGCACGAGAUUCUCACCUUCUACAAUCCGGAGAAUCGUACGCUGCGCAUCUCGCAUCGCAUACCGGGCCACUCCCGCGGCCAUGCCGUCAUCCCAGUGCAUGAUCCGACGGCACACUUGAGGGUGGCACGCGGCCUGAAGGGCCCCUACCAGAUUUUCGAGUGCCGGCGCACCAACAUCAUCGGUACCUUGGUGCAGGACGCCUCGCCCUUUCUGUUUCCGUGCACCAUCGAGUACUCAUUGAUCUGUGCGGCCAUCCUGUAUGUCAUGUGGCGCAGCAUCUCGCGACCCCAGACCCCGACACCGCAACGCCCGGACAUGAUCAGCUCCCCGAUGAAGCGCUCGCCCCACCACUACUCGGUGGACUGUGCCCGCGCCCACAAGGGCCUCUUUGUGGGCAUCCUCAUCCUGGUGCUCACCAUCAUCUCGCUGAUCAUCUUCUUUGUGCUGAUCUCGCGGCCCGAGUUCGUCUCGAUGGCCGUCACCGAGGUGACCAUCUGCGAACUCCUCAUCUAUGGCACGGCCACGAUUGCCACGCUGGUGGGCAUGAUCCAGAUCCGUCAUUUGCAGUACGAUGCCUACCGCAGCUUCUCCCUGGACGACAUCCUGUUGGUGGGCGCCCAGACGGGCUCCUUCCUCUACAACAUCUUCACGGUGAUCGCGGGACACUUUACGCUGCGCAGCGACGACAUGCUGGUGCCCAUCAAUGCCCUGGCCUCCAUUGUGCAGACCGCCUGCCAGACGAUGUUCAUACUGGACGCCAGUCGCCGCCAGGCCGUCAGCCCCGAGCACAUCCGCAAGAAGCCCGGCCGGGAGAUCGUCACGUUCAUGCUGGUGGUGAACCUGGCCAUGUGGGCGAUCAGCACGCUGGAGAAGUCGCGCGCCGAGUCGCAUCCCAUCCAGCUGAACUUCUACGGGCUGUGGGCCUGGACCAUCAUCACGCAUGUGUCCAUGCCGCUGGCCAUAUUCUAUCGCUUCCACUCGACCGUGUGCCUGUGCGAGAUCUGGAAGCGGGCCUACAAGCUGAAGCCCACGUACAUGUGAGAAUUCGCCCGCUCGCGCAUUCAGAGCAUUGCGCAGCAGCAGCAAUUCUGCGAGGAUCUCAAGACGAACCUCUCCUACUGCUACUGCUCCACGACCCUCGCUGGCGGCGAACUGGAAACGGUCGAGGAGGUGGACAGUGGUGAAAGUGCCAAUACCAACACUGGAGAGGCGGCAGGAUCGGGUUCAGGUUCAGGUUCUGGAUCGGGUUCGGGUUCGGGCUCCGGAGCGGUGCCUGAAGACCAGGAGGAGAUUGAAGCUGAGGCUGAGGCUGGCAAAGAGGAGGCGAAAGAUGCCAAGGGCGGCGACAGUGGGCGACGUGCACUGUCGCCGCUGAGCCUCAACACGGAGAAGGCCUUCUGUCCGGUGUACGUCAUAAAUGGUGAAUGAGUUUACGCGCACUUUGAGUUCAUCGACGCAACGAGCGGCCAUGAGCUCAGCUUUGUUUAGGAUAUGCACCCGCCAUGAGACAUCUGCAUCAGAAAAAUGAGCACCAGAACCACAGAACCACCACCCACCACAGCGCACCUCACCCACCAAAGUCAUUAUGAAACCACCACAUUAUUUUUGGGGCGGGUGCCAAGCAAAAGAGAUUAUUUCCACACACCUCAAACACAAACAAAAACAAAACAAAAACAAAAACAAAAACA